AUGGGAUUCUGCCUGGGACCCAAGAUGAAGGUGGAGAGGAGGACCACCUCAACAGCUACACAAACCUACACGGACAUAUCUGCGUUUCUCACACUUCUGGGCCUGCUCCUGUUUUUUCUGUCAGGUCACGUGUCCAGUGUGAAUGUGACCAGCCAGUCACAGGUGGUGAGAGGGACAGUGGGCAGAGAGGCCCUGCUGUCUGUCAGCUACUCCAGCAGCAGCACAGACAAACCUGUCAUUAAGUGGCAGCUUAAAAGAGACAAGCUGUCUGACGAAGGCACCUACGAAGUGGAGAUCUCCAUCACAGACGACACCUUCACUGGGGAUCACUACAUCGAGCUCACGGUGGAUGUUCCAGUGUCCAGACCUUACAUCCAGAUGAUGGCCUCUUCUGUGCUGGAGUACAACGAGCGCUUUAAUCUUCACUGCUCUCAUGAUAAUGGCACAAAGCCCAUCUACAGCUGGAUCAAGGGCGGCAAAGUGCUGACGAAUGAUUCACGACUGAUACUGUCACACGACCACAAGGUUCUGACCAUCUCCCGGGUCCUCAUGUCGGACGACGAUGUCUACACCUGCACAGUGGAGAACCUCAUCAGCAGCAUGAAGAGCUCCCCAAUCCGACUCACAGUCUAUAGACGGAGCUCGCUAUACAUCAUUCUGUCCACAGGAGGCAUAUUCCUCCUAAUCACCCUGGUGACAGUGUGUGCCUGCUGGAAGCCAUCCAAAAAGAAGCAUCGACCUGUCCCCCAAAGAGCUCCCAUCUAUAUGGAGCAGAGUGAAAAUGAGGUUGACGUAGUGCCUAAGCCCAGUACACUUGGAAGAAGGAGUCCAAUGCCCCUAUAUGUUCUCAAUGAAGAUGCAAUUAUACCUAAAGCAAGCACCCUUGGACGAAGGAGUCCGAGGCCUUUGUGUGUUUUAUCAGAAGAGGAACCACUGGAGUGCUCAGAGGACCGUUCUGGUAACGUUAGCCAAUCAGAAGGUUUCCCUGCCACAUUUGUCCCAGUUCUGCCACCCACCAACAGAAGUGGGCCCAUAUGGACUCCUCCUCGCCGGUACCCCCGGAGCCCCUCUCCUCUGGGGCAGCCACUGCCCAUGCCCAGCCCUCACUCACCGGGGUCAGCCCAUCGUGCCUUCAGUCCCAUCAGGAAAGGUCGGCCUCCUGUGGGCAUCCCCACCAGCACCCUGCCAGUGGAGCCGGACGGUCCAGAGCAUAAUGAAGCCUCACACAGUGCAUUACAGCAAUGA